AUGGAGCCGCUGUACGGACCGACGAGACCACUUGAAGUUCCUCCUGCACAGCCACGUGACUUGGUGGAGUCCAAGAAACUCUGCGAGGAGAUGGCGACUGUGCCUGAUACCAGGGUGAGUGAGGCGAUUCACCUUAUCGAGUUUGCAGCCUACCGUCUAGUAGAACGCCUUAUCACAAACCCAGAAGAGCGCUGGGUGCGAGCCCAUCCAUUUGGUUCUUGCGGACUGAAUGCCUCUGUUGCAGAUAGUGAUCUUGAUAUGUAUGGUGAGUUAUUUCCUACCCCCUUUCCUCCCACUUUUUGUGGCCUCAUCUUGCACAUUUUGUUGGAUUCCACGCGACACUUCCCUUCUCUUGUAGUGCUACCGCCUCUCUGUUGGGAUCCGCCUUCCUCUCUUUCUCCUUUUUUAACCCCUUUUCUGACAUUUUCUGGACCACCGCUAACAACUUCUUUUCUUUCCUUUUUUUUUCCUUUGCUUUCUCUCCGUGUCGGGCUUUUCUUUUGA